AUGGCGGCUUCCACCUCGCACUUCCGCGGCGCCGGCUUCGACUUUUCGAACAGCGUGCGGAACACGUACCUCGAGCAGAAGGGGAUGCCGCUGCCCAAGGCGACGAGCACGGGUACGACCAUCGUCGGCUGCGUGUUUAGGGACGGUAUCGUCCUCGGCGCCGACACGCGCGCGACCGAGGGCCCCAUCGUCGCCGACAAGAACUGCGAGAAGAUCCACUACAUCGCGGACCACAUACGGUGCUGCGGCGCCGGCACCGCGGCCGACACCGAGUUCACGACGCAGCUCAUCGCGUCCAACAUCCAGCUGCACGCUCUCUCGACCGGGCGCAAGCCGCGGGUCGUGACCGCGAUGACGAUGCUCAAGCAGAUGCUCUUCCGGUACCAAGGGCACGUCGGCGCCGCGCUCGUGCUCGGCGGCGUGGACGCGACGGGCGCGCACCUGUUCACGAUCCACCCGCACGGCUCGACGGACAAGCUGCCGUACGUGACCAUGGGCUCGGGCUCGCUCGCGGCCAUGGCCGUGUUCGAGAGCGGCUGGAAGCCCGAUAUGAGCCGAGAAGAAGCGCUGCACCUCGUCACCGCCGCCAUCUCCGCCGGUAUCUUCAACGACCUCGGCUCGGGCUCGAACGUCGACGCCUGCGUCAUCACCGCGAACAACACGGAGAUGCUGCGCAACUUUGUCAAGCCGAACGAGCGCGAGGCGAAGGAGCGCAGCUACCGCUUCCGGCGCGGGACGACGGCGUGGAAGAAGGAGGAGAUCAAGAAGCUGGUCGUGAGCGAGGAGGUGACGCCGAUCGCGGCGCGGCCGGGCGAGGCGAUGGACACGGAUUGA